AUGCAUGGGAAUCUUGAAACGAUUGCAUUGCUCCUCAGAGCCGGAGCAUCUUGUGUGGGCCGUGAUAUCCCUCGGAUUGCAAAUAUGGAGACCGCCAAUUUCUUGCAGCGAAUAGGUCUUCUACCCAGUAUCCUCCUCACGAACGGAACAAAAAUUCUGAUAUCUGCCACAAAAGACAAUAAGAGAGACCUCACAACCUGGCUUCUGAACUAUGGCAUCGAUGACCAGGUCCAUCACAGCAGAUCAUCGGUCCAGCGAAGCGUGUUGUGGUGGUCAGAGUCUCCUCUCGAAGUAGCACUUACCCAGAAAAACAUUACCCUUACAAAAGCUUUGUUGGGUCGAGGUGCUGUGGUCACCGAACGUGAACUAAACGCGAUAAUUUGGCAGACUUUGGAGAUGCCAGACACCCGAACGGCCGCCAACUUCCUGACAUUGUUCCGCAAUCGCUUCCCCGCGCCCAAUUCAAUUGCCGCGGCUAUACUUGCCGACAGAACUGAUAUUGUGGCUCUCAUGCUUCGAUCUGGACUUGACCCUCACGGCAAGGUAUUAGUCGUGGAGCCGGCACAAUUGACCUUUGACGGCCUUGAAGAUCUCGCAGGAUGGUGGAAUAUUAACCCAGAGGUCCUGAAGACCAAAUUCAGUCAUUCAUCACUCGGUGCUUUCUAUGCUUCGUCCUCUGUACUAGAGGCAGCAGCCAGAGCUGGGAGCUUAAUGAUUUUGAAAAUGUUGCUCCAAUCGACGACAUGGACAAGACAAGAAAAGGGACUUGCUCUCACCGAGAGUAUUGUAUCCGGGAACCACUAUCUUGCGAGGACCCUUCUGGCUGCUGGAGCGUCGGUCAAUCAGAAACUCAUUAGGGUAUACCCACUCGACGGAGAAAUGAGGUAUGUUUCGCUUCAUCAACCCACAUCAAUAGAUGGCUAA